CUCGGUCCUUAAAAGGAAGAAGGGGCUUAUCGUUUAGUCGCUUGUGAUCUUUUCAGUUUCUCCAGCUGCUGGCUUUUUGGACACCCACUCCCCCGCCCGGAGGCAGUUGCAAGCGCAGUGGCUGCGAGAAAUAACUGCCUCUUGAAACUUGCAGGGCGGAGAGCAGGCGGCGAGCGCUGGGCCGGGGAGGACCACUCGAGCUGCGACGGGCCCCGGGGCUGCGGGGCAGGGCUGGCGCCCGGAGCCUGGGCUGCAGGAGCUGCGCUAGCUUUCCUCAACAGGUGGCCGCGGGGCGCGCGCCAGGAGCCCCCUAAUGCUGGAAAAGCACGUGUCCGCAUUUUAGAGAAGGCAAGGCCCGUUUGUUUAUCUGCAAGCCAUUAUACUUGCCCACAAAUCUUUGAGAACAGUAUAAUGACCUUCGUGCCUCUUCUUGCAAGGUGUUUUCUCGGCUGUUAUCUCAAGACAUGGAUAUAAAAAAUUCACCAUCUAGCCUUAAUUCUCCUUCCUCCUACAACUGCAGUCAAUCCAUCUUACCCCUGGAGCACGGCUCUAUAUACAUACCUUCCUCCUAUGUAGAGAGCCACCAUGAAUAUCCAGCCAUGACAUUCUAUAGCCCUGCUGUGAUGAAUUACAGCAUUCCCAGCAAUGUCACUAACUUGGAAGGUGGGCCUGGUCGGCAGACCGCAAGCCCAAAUGUGUUGUGGCCAACACCUGGGCACCUUUCUCCUUUAGCAGUCCAUCGCCAGUUAUCACAUCUGUAUGCAGAACCUCAAAAGAGUCCCUGGUGUGAAGCAAGAUCACUAGAACACACCUUACCUGUAAACAGAGAGACAUUGAAAAGGAAGGUUAGUGGGAACCGUUGCACCAGCCCUGUUACUAGUCCAAGUUCAAAGAGGGACGCUCACUUCUGCGCUGUCUGCAGUGAUUACGCAUCGGGAUAUCACUAUGGAGUCUGGUCGUGUGAAGGAUGUAAGGCCUUUUUUAAAAGAAGCAUUCAAGGCCAUAAUGAUUAUAUUUGUCCAGCUACAAAUCAGUGUACAAUCGAUAAAAACCGGCGCAAGAGCUGCCAGGCCUGCCGACUUCGGAAGUGUUAUGAAGUGGGAAUGGUGAAGUGUGGCUCCCGGAGAGAGAGAUGUGGGUACCGCCUUGUGCGGAGACAGAGAAGUGCCGACGAGCAACUGCACUGCGCCAGCAAGGCCAAGAGGAGUGGCAGCCACGUGCCCCUAGUGCGGGAGCUGCUGCUGGACGCCCUGAGCCCCGAGCAGCUGGUGCUCACCCUCCUGGAGGCUGAGCCACCCCAUGUACUGAUCAGCCGCCCCAGUGCGCCCUUCACCGAGGCCUCCAUGAUGAUGUCCCUGACCAAGCUGGCUGACAAGGAGUUGGUACACAUGAUCAGCUGGGCCAAGAAGAUUCCCGGCUUUGUGGAGCUCAGCCUGUUCGACCAAGUGCGGCUCUUGGAGAGCUGUUGGAUGGAGGUGUUAAUGGUGGGGCUGAUGUGGCGCUCAAUUGACCACCCCGGCAAGCUCAUCUUUGCUCCAGAUCUUGUUCUGGACAGGGAUGAGGGGAAAUGCGUAGAAGGAAUUCUGGAAAUCUUUGACAUGCUCCUGGCAACUACUUCAAGGUUUCGAGAGUUAAAACUCCAACACAAAGAGUAUCUCUGUGUCAAGGCCAUGAUCCUGCUCAAUUCCAGUAUGUACCCUCUGGUCACAGCGACCCAGGAUGCUGACAGCAGCCGGAAGCUGGCCCACUUGCUGAACGCCGUGACCGACGCUUUGGUCUGGGUGAUCGCCAAGAGUGGCAUCUCCUCCCAGCAGCAAUCCAUGCGCCUGGCUAACCUCCUGAUGCUCCUGUCCCACGUCAGGCAUGCGAGGGCAGAGAAGGCCUCUCAAACACCCACCUCAUUUGGAAUGGAAGACGGAGAUUCUCUUUUGCCUGAAGCAAUGGAUGGAUCUGUGACCUUCUAAUCAACUCGGUGGCCUAAAGAAAAAUCUUGGGUAACAUUUUCACUUCAGUUUCCCUCUGGGAUCAUUGUAAUCCAUGAAAAAAAUAAUUUUAAAGAGUUAAACUACUUUGAAGUUAUGUGGUUAAAAACCACCUUCCUUUCUAUAGCAAUCCAACAAUCUGGUAACUGUAAACACUGAAGGUAAAGUGAAGACGGAGUCUCUUCAGAUGGUCUCCCUAACUGCCCAGGCCUUGCGGAUGUCUCACCCAUGAGGGGCACCAAUGUGGAAAGCUGAGGCUUCAGCUACUGAUGAGCUUCACUGCUUUCCCCUGAGGUUUGUGCUUUGCAGACAAGGGGAGGAGGGGACUGGGAUUGUGUGGUCAGCUGUGUCUGCCAACAGAUGCAGGUUAGGAACUAGGAACUGUGUUCAGUAGCUUCCAAUCAAGAAAGGGGAAAUGCUGAUGCCUAUCCUCUUUGUUUAGGUAGAAAGUAAAAUGUUACUGGACUUAAAUGGGCAA